AUGGCAGCAGCGGCACCAGCAGCCCCAGUGGUGCUCUCGUAUUGCCGUGGAGAAAGACGGCCUCUCCGCCCGCUUCAUCUUCCAAGUGCCGCUCUCGUUUCCUCCUCGCCAGCGAUUCCUUCACUCUGCCUCAGAUGCUCGCCCUCGGUGGGACAGUCGCGCGGUCUCUCAGCGAGAGCGCGGGGUUUGGGCAGGCGCUCUACUGUCGCCGUUGCGAAGUCGCCUGAUGCUGAAGGGGCGCCACAGCCUUCGGAGAGGUGGCUUUUGGAACCUAUAGGUCAGUCUGGUUCCCAUGCGCCUCUGUUUUGUUUGCUUUUUAUCUGAGGGCGCUGGAUCAUAUCCGUCCAUUGUGAGACUUCACGCUGUGGUGCUCAGGUUCGUUCGAUUCGGCGGAGUGAGAUUUCUCUUUAAUGUUUACUUGCGAAUGUGAUUGGAUCAUGGACCACCGUGGAAUCUUUCGUAGAUACCGGUUGCCGUACUUUUUUCUAUGCAAGUUAGAGCUGUAGAAUAUAUGAUUUGGGAGAAUUUGUUGAGUCAGCCUUAGACUCAAUAAGGUGCUCCCAAUUUUCACGCAGUUAAGCGGGGAGAAUAUUUGAGUAUCAAUUAUUGUCGAAAUAGCCAGCAUCUUUGUGGAAAAUGUACCAACGGCGGAAGGAUGGACAACUAUCUUAACAAAUUUAUUUUAUGAAUGCUCAAAUGAGUGUUUUCUUUGAUACACGGCUUCAGUCUCAGAACAAACUAAAAUGAACUAAUAUUAUGUCUUGUACGUUGUUAACAUGUAGGGUAGCAUAUCAAAUUGGCAUGAAGUCGUGUACCCUUGUUACUUUGUGAUCUUCAAACAUUAACGAUGAUGCCGUGCCAUGUUGACCUAUACUAGAUGCUGAGUUUCAUAAUCUUGCUGUUCGUGCAAACUAAAUGUAGGUAUUCAAGGUAAAUAAUCAUGCCUUGCUACGUUUCUUUGUGCUCAUAAGUUUUCUGUUUACUCCAACUAAUCGUACCUAUUCAAUGGAAACAGUUAUACUUCCUGUGUUCAUAAUUUUUGAAAGUUGAUUUCUGUUCAAUGGUUCAUAAUUUAAUGGCUUUAAUUUUUGUGAGUGUAUCAUUCUCUCUCUGGCUGUCAGUGGCCAGAGCACAUCUCUUUAUCCUCAUUAUCACUAUCAUUCAUCGAUAGAGCUACUCACAUGGUGAUGUGGUGCAGGUGAUGGGGAUACAAAACAUCUUGGUUUUCUAGUGCCAAUGCCUAACGCGUUUGAGAUGGUUUCAGUAAGGCCCCUUCCGUUACUCAUCAAUGAUUCCCUUCAGCAGAAGAGACUCGAUUACCUAAUUAGUGUGCCAUCUUUAGAAUGCGGUGACGGUAGGCCGUCUUCCAGAGAAAGCAGAUAUGGUAAUCCCCGUAGCAACAGGUACUACUAAAUCCUGUGCUUUGACAUGUGAGAGAAGAUACUGCAACUAAACAAAUAGGCACGCUAACUAGUUCUCAUUCCAGCUGUCGAAUCUUGAUGAAAUGCUUGUUCUUUUACCUAUGUUCGACCUUUCUUACUCCGAGCAGUAUCUGGCAUCCACGCUCGACUGGAGAAGAAGGAUGGGCUUCUUCUUGUCACCGACCUAGACAGCACAAAUGGAACAUACAUCAAUGAAAAAAGGCUCAGACCCGGCGCAAUCUCACCAGUUCCACCUGGGAGUCGUAUCACAUUUGGUAUGUUUCUGUGUUUCAUGAAAUCGAAUAAUAGCUAAAUUGAAACUCAUUUAGGGUUCCAUUGAUCUCUGUUAAUGAAUAUUUCUCUUUUGGGCAUGAAUUUUUUUUUUUUCCCCUCUCAGGUGAUACACAUUUGGCAAUGUUCCGUGUCUCUAAGCUUCAGGAGAAAAAUAUUGAGGUAGAAGCUGCUGAUUCUGACACCGAGGCGGAAACUGAAGCUUCACAGAUUGCGUCAGCUAGUUAA